AUGACUAUGCACUUGUUACAAGUGCACUCGUCAGCUUGGAUACGAGGCAAGGGACACAUCUCUGCUUAUGGUGAAGGCAAGGAGAUGAGUCUCACUGGCAAACACGAGACUGCUUUUGGAGAGUCUUCAUCGAGCGAAUCAUCUUUCACGUUUCAAUCGAAUCCACGCGGUGUUUCUGGUUCAGCCUCGAGAUCGAACCGAAAACCGCCGUUGAAGAUCGAGCCGCCGAACAGAACUGAGUGGAUCCAAUUCGCAACCGCAAAUCCCCAGCCAGAGCAGCUUCCCGUACAUGUGUCCGCGGAAGAGAAGAUGCAUUACAGAGGAGUGAGGAUGAGGCCAUGGGUGAAAUUCGCGGCGGAGAUCCGAGAUCCGAACCGUCGGGGAACUAGGGUUUCGCUCGGGACGUUUGACACGGAGAUCGAAGCCGCUAGGGCUUACGACCAAGCAGCGUUUAAACUUCGAGGGUCUAAGGCCAUUGUGAAUUUCCCGCUUGAGGUAGGGACGUGGAAUCAACACGCUGACGUUGGAUAG